AUGGUCCUCGACUGUGCUGCCAAAUUUGAUGGGACAAGCUUGAAUAGCAACAUUUUACCGGGACCUAAACUGCUCAAUGAUCUGGUGGAAGUACUCCUGAGAUUUAGGCGAUACCUUGUAGCUAUUGUGGGAGAUGUCUCUGAGAUGUUUCUCCAAAUUGGCCUUGACCCUGAUAGCAGGCGAUUUUAUCGGAUAGUUUGGGAACAGCAAGUUUUAGAGUAUCAGAGGACAAUCUUCGGAGACACAUCAUCACCAUUUAAAGCCAACCUGGUUAUAAGAGAGCACAGUCGUAAACUGAAGAAUCAAUAUCCAGAGGCAGCUGACACAGUGGAGAAUGCUUUGUAUGUCGACGAUGCCAUUGAUAGCCGAUGUUCUACAGGAGAAGCAAAGAAAACCAGAUCUGAGAUGACAGAGAUGUUGGACCGAGGAGGAAUGAAGAUGAGAAAAUGGCUGUCAAAUGAUCCUGAGGUACUAGAGGACGUCCCACAAAGUGAUAAAGCCACAUUCUUGGAUAUAAAUGGAAAGGAAACUUUGCCAUGUCAGAAAGCCUUGGGUAUACUGUGGUUAGCCGAAGAAGAUGUCAUCACUGUGAAGCCACGAUUGAGGGAAGGAGAGUAUCCAGCCACGAGGAGGGGUAUGCUGAGAUGCAUAGCAGCCUUGUUUGAUCCACUGGGAUUGGUUGAUCCGUUCAGAAUUAGAGUCUGGAUCCUCUUUCAAAGGACAUGGAUCCGAAAGGAAGAUUGGGACAGCCCCCUGGAAGAAGACUUAGCCCUGGAGUGGUCGUUGUGGAAGAAAGUGUUGCCACAUUUGGAUAACAUCCGAGUGAGCAGACAUCUUGGUAUGAACACAAGUUAUCAAACUGAACUUCAUGUGUUCAGCGAUGCCUCAAAGGAUGCCUUUUCUGCUGUCGUGUAUGCCAGGACCCUGAUGACGGACGGGAGGAUACUGGUGAGACUGGUGAUUGCCAAGACGAGACUGUCGCCACUGAAAGCCAUCUCCAUUGCCAGACUGGAGCUAUGUGGGGCAGUCAUUGGUACAAGAUUGGUGAAGAAGGUUAUCAAACCAUUGGAGAGCGGUCGAGGAGCCAAGCAACUGAUGGUGACAUAUUGGACAGAUUCCAUGAACGUCCUGUUUUGGAUUUGUCGACCAGGAAAACAGUUUAAGCUCUAUGUAGCCAACCGAGUAGGAGAGAUACAGGAAAGGACCAGUACUGACCAAUGGAGACAUAUACCAACCAAACUAAACCCAGCAGACAUAUCAUCUAGAGGUAUGGCAGUGGAGGAAUUGGCUAGAUCACAACUCUGGUGGGAGGGUCCAAGUUUCCUGAAGGAGUCCGAGAGCAACUGGCCAGAGAAAAAUAUAGCUGUACCAGAUGAAACCACCGAUAUUGAGAAAACCUCAACAUUUGCAGUACAGGAAGCCCAACCAGAACAAAAUGAGACAAUGAUGUUCCACCUACAUCCCAGUAGAUGGAGUGACAUGGGAAGACUAACAAGGAGAAUAGGAUUCGUGCGACGUAUCAUGAUGUGGCUGCUAAAGCGACCCUUACCCCCGGGAGCCAAGACCUGGAUAGAUGAGUUGUCCCCCGAAGAGUACAGGCAGGCUGAGGAUUGCCUUUCACGCCAAGUCCAGAAAGAUGUAUUUGACAGAGAGCUCAAAGAUUUGAUGGCAGGAAAAAGCUUACAGAAGACAAGCCACCUGAUACCCCUGUCACCAUACCUUGAUAAGGAGAGGAGACUUCUUCGCAUCAAGUCCCGUCUUGAAAGAAUAGACUACAUCUCAGAAGAAGAGAAAUACCCCAUCAUCAUGCCAAGAAAGCAUCCAGUUUCUCAGUUGCUUGUCAAGAGAGCACAUGAUGCUGUGGGACACCCCGUAGGAAGAGAUGCUACCAUGGUCGAGUUGAGGAGGAAGUAUUGGGUGAUAUGCACUAGAGAAGCUGUCCGCUCCUGGGAAAUGAUAUGCAGUCGAUGUGUAUUGAAGACGAUGUGUAUUGUAUCAAAACCAGCUAGUCAACAGAUGGCCCCCAUUCCUCAAUUUAGAUUUAGCCAACCAACCAGAGCCUUUGGAAAGUGUGGAAUGGACUUCGCGGGUCCAUUUCUAACCAAGCAGGGUCGAGGAAAAAUCAGAAACACAAGAUACUUGGCUGUUUUCACUUGUCUACAGACUAGAGCUGUUUAUCUAGAACCUGUUUACCAGAUGGAUACUGACAGUUUCCUAAUGGCUUUCGCCAGAAUGACCAGCCGACGAUCCGUCCCAGAGGAGGUGUUGACAGAUAACGGAAGUAACUUUGUCGCUGGAGAGAGGGAGCUCAGAGAGUUAGUGAAUGCCAUCGAUUGGACCAAGGUGCAACAGAAGACGGUGGGCUACCAAAAUACCAGAGGCGUUACAUGGCACUUCAACCCCCCAGGAUCUCCACACUUCGGGGGCGUCUUUGAGAUCACCCGAAUUUUUCACGCAACUUUUGCUAAAUAG